UUUUUUUACUGAAAAGUUGGCAACCGUGAGUACGUCUCUGUUUUGCCGGUUAGCAUAUUGCUAAUGCUGCUGGCUGUGGCGAAACAAACGGGCAGCGACAGCAACAGCGACUCACCAAGUCAAAGUAAAAUUAAAAAAGCGGUUCUUUUAAGGUGCACUGGCUGUCGCAGUAGGUUCCAGUAUACCCCGCAACUUAAGGGAGGAUGAGCGGCAGAAAGUGUGUAGCUGGUUGGAUGGAUGCCGAUUGGAGUAUGUGCAAACAGAAGAACAACAGGUGAAAUUGAGAGUUGACUACAGCCAGGAGGCCCCUGAACAUGAUGGCGGCAUGCAGUUGGAGGCUAUUUUGCGGAAUUGUGACUCUUCUUGGGACAGUUAUGGUUCAAGUUCAAUGUAAUGAAGAGACACAGCUGAUACAAAACUUGUUCAAAGGCUAUAACAAGAACAUUCGCCCUGUGGUUCAUCCUGAGGACAAACUGGAGGUUCAGAUCAAGCUGACCCUCACCAACCUUAUCUCUCUGAACGAAAAAGAAGAGACUCUUACGACCAAUGUGUGGAUUGAAAUACAAUGGUCUGAUUAUCGUCUAGCCUGGAAUACAUCAGAUUACUAUGGCAUUGAUAUCAUCCGUGUCCCCUGCAAAACCGUCUGGCUCCCUGACAUCGUCCUUGAAAACAACAUUGAUGGCAAGUUCGAUGUGGCUUACUAUGCCAAUGUAUUGAUCUCCUCCAAUGGUUGGAUAUAUUGGCUUCCUCCAGCUAUCUAUCGCAGCACGUGUGCCAUAGAGAUCACCUACUUCCCUUUUGAUUAUCAAAACUGCACACUCGCGUUCAGAUCGCAGACAUACAGUGCCAAUGAAGUAGACCUCAUCUUGGCUGUUGGAGAAACAGGCGAGACAAUCCAAUGGGUGGACAUUGACCCUGAGGCUUUCACCGAGAAUGGUGAGUGGGCCAUCGUCCAUCGCCCAGCCAGGAAAAUGAUCAACCCACGAUAUUCCCCCGAUGACCUGGAGUAUCAGGAGAUCAUGUUCAACCUGAUUAUCCAGAGGAAGCCCCUCUUCUAUGUCAUCAAUAUCAUCUUGCCCUGUUCCCUCAUAUCUUCACUGGUCGUAUUAGCAUACUUCCUACCAGCUCAAGCCGGAGGUCAAAAAUUGACGGUGUCCAUCUCCGUCUUGCUGGCCCAGACUGUCUUUCUCUUUUUAAUUGCUCAGAAGGUCCCAGAGACGUCGCUGUCGGUCCCUCUCCUCGGCAAGUACAUCAUCUUUGUUAUGUGCGUUACCACCCUCAUUGCUACCAAUCAGAUUGUGGUGUUGAACUUCUCUCUGCGCAGCCCCAGCACUCAUACCAUGUCCCAUAAUGUCAAGCAUCUGUUUUUAGAGAUGGUACCCCGUUUCCUCGGCAUGUCCCCAUUGGUGGACGACAACGAGGUAACAUCAGAGAUGAACGGCAUGAGAGAUCGGAGGCGGGACUCCUUCGGUCUCAUGCAGAGAGCAGAGGAGUACGUACUCAAACAGCCUCGCAGUGAGAUGAUGUUUGACAAGCAAAAAGAGAAGCAUGGUCUGAUGCAACCGAACGUGGAUGGUGUUGAUGCCAACACUACCGCCAAUCUUUACAAGAGUUUAGCCCAAGCUGCACCCGAGAUAAAGCAAUGUGUGGAUGCCUGCAACUUCAUUGCUGAGACGACAAGACAACAAAACAAUACCGGAUCUGAAAUAGAAAGCUGGGUGCUGAUUGGGAAGAUGAUUGACAAGGUGUGUUUCUGGGCUGCCAUUCUCCUCUUCAUCAUUGGCACAGUGGGGAUCUUCCUUACAGGACACUUCAACAGGGCGCCCGAGUGGCCAUUUCCAGGGGAGAGCAAAACCUACACCCCAAAUUGAAGAAAAAAAAGAAAAAGAACUGAAAACUUUUGAGGCUAAGACCUCCCCAAGGUUUACUGUGCUUCACACGGUGUGUGAGGAUAACAGUAGUGAUCUCUGACUCCUGUGCAGGAUCCCCAUCUGGGUUGAAUUGAGUCUGUAGAGCAGCAGAGAUAUUUGUGGUGUGAAUGAAAGUAAUUCAUACUUCAAGGAUGAGUAUGAGGUAAAACAUCCUUACUAGAAAUCUAUGUAUUGAGGCAAGGGAGAAUUUUUGUCGGCUUUGUAUAAUAAACUUGCCCUGUUUGUGUGGGCUUUUAGUGACUCUAAACAUUGCAAAACACGUCUGAUUGAAUUUUCCUGCAUAUACUAUGUCUUAUAUGAGGAAUAUGGUUAUAUCAUUUGAACCAGUUCAUCAUAGCCUUGUUCUUCUCAUGAUGACUUAUUUUUCAAGAUGUCUUGUUUGAGGUAGACGCCACCAAGGGCUUGUUGUUUUGAUGUCUUCAUGCAUUGCUUUUUUUAAUAAACAGUUUUUG